AUGUCUUUGGACCUGCCUACAUAUCUUAGUUCCCUGCAGAGCAACAUCCGUGCCCGGCCCAUACCUUGGGAGGGCGCUGUUCGAGCUGGGAACAUCACCGAAGACCAGCUCAAGCGCAUCAAAGCCGUCGACAAGGUGCGCAGGGAGCCACGACAGAAAACAGUCCAGAAUGAUUUGAAGGCUUAUACAACUCUGCUUGUCGGAGGCAGUGGUGGGAAGAGCAUACUGGAGGCAGCGUCGAGACGGACGGAUAUAGUACAAUACAUUCUGGUCCUGGCGGCGGACCUGAUCAAUGAUGUCCCCGCUUUAGCGUCCGCCUUGGUCCAAGAACCAGACCGUUACCGACAUUACCUACCUCUCCUGCAGCACUCCUCGAACCCAGAGGACCCCAUACCCCUCCUCGCGUCAGCUUUCUUGACAAGCCUUGUGUCAACCUCUCUGAUGUCAAAUUCGAAAACUACGUUACCCGAUUCAGAAGCGCUUCCUCGACUCUACUCAUACCUCGCAACACUGACGAAAAGCCAAGAUACGGGGUUACAGGAUAUUGGCGUUCAGCAAUAUUCAGCAUUGCUGAGAACUAAGCGAUCAAGAGAGGUCUUUUGGAGUCAGAAGGAAGCAACUAUUGAACCACUGAUGGACGUACUCAGGGCCGCUGCGGGAUCAAAGGAUAAUGGUUCAUCCACACUAGGUGGAUCGUCAAGCACACGCAACAUCGAGUCAGGUAUUGGUGGAGGAGUGGGGCUACAGCUCUUAUAUCACAUCCUCCUCGUGAUCUGGCAGUUGAGCUUCGAGGGAAGCUUAGUUGGUGAGGAACUUGAAUCUGAACAAGAUAUCCUGACUCUAUACACCCAACUACUCCGCCUUUCGCCAAAGGAAAAGACAACUCGCCUCCUCCUCUCAACCCUCUACAAUCUCCUCUCCGCCAACCGCAUGAUUCUCCUACCAAUCGCCGUAUUUCUCCGCCUCCCAGCUCUCCUCAGUAAUCUCAGCAGCCGCCACUUGACAGAUCCAGAUUUACUCGAGGACCUCAACGCCCUCAUAGGCAUGCUGGAGGAGUACACGAAGACGCAGACAACCUUUGACGAAUACGCCGCAGAGGUGCAAACGGGCCAUCUCCGCUGGUCCCCACCGCACCGCAGCGCAACCUUCUGGCGGGAGAAUGCACGCCGCAUCCUCGACGAAGACCGCGGGCAGCUCCCCAAGAAGCUGGCUGAGAUAUUGUCGAAGAACUGGGAGGCAGAUAAACAGGUUUUGGCUAUUGCGUGUAACGAUGUGGGUUGUCUGGUGAAGGAGUUGCCAGAGAGACGACAGCAGCUAGAGAGACUGGGGCUCAAGACAAGGGUGAUGGAGUUGAUGGCUGAUCCGGAUGAGACGGUUAGGUGGGAGAGUUUGAAGGCGGUUGGGGAGUGGUUGAGGUAUUCUUUUGACAGAUAG